UUCAUUUGGCUUUUUAAGUGCUUUAUAAUACGGGUAAGCUGAUACCCGUUCCUAAGCGCUAACCCUUUGAAAGGGUAUUGAUUAUAAAUUAUAACGCUCAUGCCAUUUUCAACUUUCUCUUAGUAAAAAUAGAAUCAAAUAAUGCUUAUUUAUGUUUAAAGAGAAGGAUUUGGGGUCUAGCGCGCUGACAGCACAGGUGUCAUAAUUUUUGAAUUAGGAAGGGAAUACCUUUUCAUUUAGCGAUAUAUCUGAAAGGGAAACCCCUUCCUAGAGCUAAGUCAAAUGAACGGGUAAGCCAUUCAAAGGGAAAGCCAAUCGUUGGGGCUAUUCGAUGAACGGCUAAGCCAUUUAAAGCCUUUUUUCUUGGGAAGGGUGGACGGGUCCCAUUACUUACAUAUCAAACAUGAAUUUCAUAUUAAUUUAUGUGGAUGUUAGUAACCUACCUGGACCAUGACAGCGAAUGCGCAGAGGAUAACAAUCUUGAAUGCCAUUUUAUUGACCUUGUUUGCCAGUAGGUAAACACAAUGAAUAAUUAGUCUCAGCCACCCAGUUUUAUACAGCUAUCUGUAACCAUUGCGCCACGAUAAAAAACUAUUGAGAAAAAAUAUAAGAUAACUAUUACAUAGUCGAACGUGUCGUAAAAAACAAUUAUGCAUAUAGCAAGCAUUUGCUGAAAUCGUUGAUCUAUUUCUAAAUAAUUCUUGUAACUGUUCCUAUAAAAGUGGACGAUUAAAUCGGAUCAGUCAUUAUAGUUGCUGUCCAAAGAAAAUUUGUAAAUUGAACAUGUCCCGCUUCGCAGUUCUAGUUUUCUGCAUUCAGGCUCUCCUGAUUCAGGCCGCUUUCAGCCAGUCAUGCGGUUGUAAUCAAUACUCAUACGGAUCGUCCGGACUGAGCUCACAAAGCUACGGCUCGUACGGCGGCACCGGCACCGGACAGGUGGGCGUGUCCGGCAACAUCGACGCGUCCGGCAACACCUGCGUGGUCGGCUCCGUGCCCGUGCUCGGCUCCGUGGAUUUCGGGGGCAAGGUCGCCGCGUCCGGCUCCGUGUCUAUCUCCGGACAGUGCGGAUGCGGAUGCAGUUAAAUACAAUAAGUGCAUUAUAAAGCUGUUUUUCAUUUAAUUUAAUGAUCGAAAAAGUCGUGUAAAAUGUCACAUGAAUUUUUAAUAUGGAGGAUAUCUAUUAUAGGUUUCGGUAUAUAGUGAUACCAGAAAAAUGUAGUUAGACAAAUGACUUCUCACCCCACCAGCUGGUAAAGGCUCUCUUGGUCAUUCAAAUGCGGAUAAGAUAAAGACAUUGAAGAUAUUGUAUCCACAUGUGUGACAAAGUAAUCUGAUGGAGUUGUUUGCUUACGUUUUAUGGAAUUACUUAUAACUUGAUAGAUAUUGUAUCCACAUGUGUGGCAAAGUAAUCUGAUGGAGUUGUUUGCUUACGUUUUAUGGAAUUACUUAUAACUUGAUAGAUAUUGUAUCCACAUGUGUGACAAAGUAAUCUGAUGGAGUUGUUUGCUUACGUUUUGUGGAAUUACUUAUAACUUGAUAGAUAUUAUUGUAUACACAUGUGUGGCAAAGUAAUCUGAUGGAGUUGUAUGUAUGCUUACGUUUUAUUGAAUUACAGCUUCAUAGAAUUGACUUUUAAGUGAUGAUUUUGAAUGAUAAAUAUUUGAUGUGUGUAGAUUGACCAUAGCAUUAUUUAUAGUGGAACUUAUUAGUACAUAAAUGAAAUGAAAUCAAAUAAAUCAGAGUCCUCACGUUGGUGUGGUGAAAACAAAAUGUUUAACUCGGGAA